AUGGCAUCUUCAGCCAGAACAAGUUCUUCAACAACUGAGACUCAAACAUCUGAACCUACAACAGCCUCUGCCACAACAAACACUCCUUCAACUGAAACUUCCACAACUACUUCAAUACCACCUGCCAGUACAAGCUCUUCUACAACUGAAUUUCAAACAACAGCAGCUACAACAGCCUCUGCCACAACAUCUAACUCCAACACUUUAUCAACUGAACCUCAAACAUUCACAACUCUUUCAACAUCUCUUGCCAGUACAAGCUCUUCUACAACUGAGACUCAAACAGCAGCACCUAUAGCAUCUCCUGUCAGUACAAACUCUUCUACAACUGAGACUCAAACAGCAGAAUCUACAACAGCCUCUGCCACAACAAACUCUCCAUUAACGGUGUCUUCAACAUCAGCUCCUUCCACAUCACCUGCUAGUACAAGCUCUUCUACAACUGAGACUCAAACAUCUGAACCUACAACAGCCUCUGCCAUGACAAAUACUCCUUCAACUGAGACUCAAACAACCACAACUCUUUCAACAUCUCCUGCCAGCUCUUCUACAACUCAGUCUCAAACAGCAGCACUUAUAACAUCUCCUGCCAAUACAGGCACUUCCACAACUGAGUCUCAAAUAGCAGAAUUGACACCAUCCCCUGCCAAUUCAAGUACUUCUCAAACAGCAGGACCUACAACCACAACAAACUAUCCGUCAUCUCAAACACCAACUUCUUCAACCAUUGCAACUACUCACUCUCCAUCAACUGUGUCUUCAACAUCAGCUCCAUCAAUGUCCUCUGCCAGUGCAAGCACUUCUGAGUCUCAAACAUCAGGACCUACAACCACAACAAACUAUCCUUCAUCUCAAACACCAACUUCAAAGGACAGCAAUCUACUUAUACAAGAGAUGGGCAUCUGUGAAGCCAUGGAGGUGCACUACAUGCCCCCAGAACUUGGUAGGCCAUGUGGAGACCUGAAUUGCAGAGCUGAGUCGGAUCAUCUGAAAAAGCCAUUGAGGAUGUCAGAGCCCAUCUAA